AUGAGCGCCUGUCCGGAUGGCGCGCCACGUCUGACGGAACAACCCCAGGCGGUACGCGGCGAGUUCGGCAAGGUCUACCAGGGGCGCUGGCUCGACCCGCGGGGGAACCACGUGGACGUGGCGAUCAAGACGCACCUGGAGGCGUCGUCGGGGGUGGACCGUGACCAGCUGAUCCGGGAGGCUGAGCUGAUGAAGGACCUGCGCCACCCCUGCAUUGUCCGCUUCCUCGGCCUGAUCGAGCACGAGCCGCUGAUGAUGGUGAGGGCUCGGGGGCCGUCUUGGCGGUGCAGGAGCUCGUACCCACUGGGCGCGCUGCUGGACUUCCUGCAGGACCAGCCGCAUGACGUCUCGCUCGACACGGACCUGAAGCUGUGGGCCGGCCAGGUGGCCGCAGGCAUGGACUACCUGGAGCACCAGCGGCUGGUACACCGCGACCUGGCGGCACGCAACAUCCUGCUGGCGUCGCGCACGCAGGCCAAGAUCAGCGACUUCGGCUUCUCGCGCCACCUAGCCGGCGACCGCGACUACUACCAGUCGUCCCAGGGCGGGCGCUGGCCCAUCAAGUGGUACGCCCCGGAGGCCAUCAACUUCGGCACCUUCAGCGCCGCCAGCGACGUCUGGAGCUUCGGUGUCCUGCUCUGGGAGAUGUACUCAUACGGCGAGCAGCCGUACGGCGACCUGCCUGGUGUACAGGCGUUCCUCGAGAUCGUGGAGCUUGGCCAGCGUCUGGAGAAGCCCGAGUACUGCCCGGGCGGCAUCUACGAGGUGAUGUUGAAGUGCUGGGCGUACGACGCCAAGGAGCGGCCCAGCUUCUGUGCCCUGCACAAGUUCUUCGACAGCGACAACGAGUAUCGCAACCUGUCGGACCUGGCCACCCCUCAGGUGGUGACGCUGACUGCCGCGCCGCCGUCGCCACCGGCUGAGGAGGUGGAGCCAGAGCUGGAGUCGGCUGCCCGGCCGUCGGCCUCCGACAUUUACGACGUGCUGUCGGCGGCGCGCUCGGAGGCGCCGCCGCCGGACAGUUCGCUUGCGCCGCGGCCUCCGCCUCUGGCGCCGUACUCGCUGGUGGGUGGGGGACCGCUGGGACCCUACUCACACCUGGCUGGCUGGCCGCCGGCCGAGGCGCUGGCCGCCCUCUCCGAGACGUACGCGGUGCCAGCAGACAUUUAG